CGCAGACACCAUGGCCGGCGCCAACGCGAAGCGCAUCGCCGCCUCCAACGCCCGCUCGUUGCACCACCUCCAGCUCGGCUUCCUUGCCAGCGCUGGCAUCCACCUCCUCCACUUUGCCCUGUUCACCUCGGGCCGCACUUACCGCCGCGUCCUCCUCUUUGCCGUCACCGAGGCCAUCGCCGUCGGCCUGUGGAACCAGCUCAAGGCCAUGGCGCGCAACGGCACCGAGCUCGACGGCAGCAAGGGCCUCGUCAGCUACGCGUUCGACAUCCUGUACGUGACCUGGUUCGUCCACGUCAUGACGGCGCUCGUUAGCGCCCAGUUCUGGAAGCUCUACUGGGUUAUCCCGAUCUACGCCGUGUACCGACUCGGCUCGUUCGCUCUCCCGUACAUCUCGCCCUCGCUCGCCGCCCUCGUGUCGGGCAACGGCGGCGCCAACCCGCUCGCGGCGCCCGGCGCCGGCUGCGCAGCGGGAGGAGGCGCGCCCGGCGAGGAGCCGCUCAGCAAGCGGCAGGCCAAGCGCAAGGCGAGGGCCGAGAAGGGCGACCCGAGGAUCCAGAUGCGCCGUGGCUGAGCGCGCGAGGAGGCGCGAAAAGGCGGACAGAGUUGAGGUGGCUCGUUUCUCGCUUGCAUUGCAGUAUCUCACGCAUC